CAGAAAGGAGACAGGAAGAAAGAGGUUUGGCUCGUCCCAGGCUUUUGAAACCUCAGAGUUUACUCCCAGUGGCACACUUCUCCAACAAGACCACAUGUCUUAAUCCUUCCCCAAAGACUUCCAACAACUAGAGGCUACGAGCAUGGGACAUCUCUGUGACCCACUGGACACACGCCAAGGCAGAAGAAGAGCAGUUGGCAGCCAUGACCAGUGCUAGAGAAAGUCUAUGUGCGGGAGGCUCAGGCUGGAGAGCCCCAGGAGGUGACCUCACUUUCCUCACAAUGGUCCAGAUGUUACUUGGCAUCCUGGUUGCCAGGUAGCCAGAGGCGGGCAGUAGCCUCACAGUUCAGGCUGACUCACUCAUCCUGAGAACCUCAACGAGUGAGGAUGUGGUCCUGUUUUAGAAAAAUCCAUGACUCAGGCCACAUAAAAGGCAAGAGUGGUCUCCUUGGCCACCUUUGGGAUCGUUUGGUGUGCCUUGUCACACACGUCUGGUCAUCUUGUACCAUGGAAGAACAGGGUCAAGAGGAAUUGGUCCGCCUAUUUAGACUGCUCAAAUUUGACCAUAGAAAUCCAGAUUUCAUAGAGAAUGUUGUGUCCUACCUCCCUACUGCUCUACGAAAGGGAAAGGACGACUUUGUGGAUGCUUUCCUUGUUGUCUAUCCUGCUUUCGCCACCACCCGGAAGGUGCUGGUAUUAAUAACGGACAAGAUUAUGUGUGGAUCUCCCGAUGCUGACUUUCUAGAAGACUACGUUAUAAAGAGAAAAAUUCUAUACUUUCUGAUAGACUGGAUGCAAAAGUUGCCGCAGGAUUUUAGGAUGGCUCCGGACCGGGCGAUCCUGAAGAGACUUCUGGACUACCUGUAUCAGGACUUUCCUCCAGUAUUCCCCCGACUGAGUGUCCAGAGGCUCCUGUCACAGCUGGAGGCGCAGAAGUCCGCGGAAACGCCCGAGGAAGAUGAGGAGGCCACAGAUGGUGGGUUCCGCUGGACAACAACAUCAUUAGCCCCGAUACCGGAUGCCACAGAGAUGCAGGAGAAGCUGCAUCCUACACCACCUUCUGUGGCAGGGCCACCGGGAGACCUGACACCCAGAAAGGACACCAAGAGAGCGGAUUUGGCAAUAGUGGGACCAACUCUGCCCAAGGAUGGACCAAACCCUGAUGGUCACGCCAGAAACAAUUACAGGCCUGACCCUGAAAUUUACACCAAUUUCAUCAGGAAGUGCACCUCCUUGGGGCUGUAGGGCAAGUUUUCCACCUGCUUCACAGAGCUCCAGCAUAACUUCCUGAUGGAUCGACCACCCAAGGUGAAGAGUCUCAUCCACCUGGUCAAGCACUGGUACCAGCUGGUAUGGCGUCUGGCCCAUCCACUGUGAGCCCUGUCUAUACAGCGACUGAAUACAGUCAGAGGGUAGAAAGGG